AUGAAUAACGGAGGUGGUUUCGUUAAGGCUUACAGUAACAAUUGGCUGUCACAGUUCGGAUUGUACAAAUAUGAGGCACCAGAAGAAUCGCCAAGAAAACAAUCCUUCAACCAUCGCAAAGUAUCUCUGUACGGGAUACUUGCUCUGGCGUUCGUCGCAUUUUUAGUACUCUUUAUCAUAGUGAAUAAAGUGGAAUCAUCUCGACGAGAACUGAUUAUGGAAAGUUUUUCCAACGAAACCAGUAUCGAGUCCAGUAUGGGUCAUACUGUGCUAACCACACCAUUUUCCUCAAGCAAUUUGCAAUCUUCAACUGGCUUACAGGCGAAAGAAACAGCAGAGGCGCGAAAACAACGACGGUUUCGUCGGUUAGGUCCCGAAAAUCCUACCAUUAAAUCCACCGACAAUCUUGUACUGUUUCCAAGUGCUUAUUUGAAACCUCCAAGAUUGGGAAGUAUGCGGAGAUUUUCGGAAGACUUUUCAUUAUCAGGUAAUCCUCAGCCUGCACUAUCGCUACUCUUGCAUCCAGUUGGAGCUCCACUGACGUCUACAGUGCCUAACCCUUCAGGGUUCUCGAAACAAAACAAUACUUAUGAAUUGGAAGAUCCAGAAAAUUUGCGCAGCCCAAGAAAACAUCGACACCAAAGCCUCGUGGUGAAUAACAUCCAGGAUGUUUUAAACCAAUUGCAAACCUCAAAACAUCAAAACCAUAAGUACUUUCCUUUGUAUCAACAACAUCCUUCUGAGUUCAGUAAUCCAAUAUAUCAAAAUCAUCGUGUAAAGUUUUCUGGAAUUUAUCGCCAUCCUAGAAAAAACGGUGACAUAACGACGUUAUUCGGGGAUUCAUCCAAACAACACGAGCUUCAUAUUGCUAAGCCACAAAUUAUUAACAGUCAACUUGAUGUACCCAGCGUCUACAUGCCUGACCUGUUUUAUAACUUCCGCCCUACGAAUCCCAGUGACGUAAAUCUACUCGCUACCAAUCAAUUCAGAUUUGCACCGGUGAAAAAUGACGGAACAUACGAAAGAACUCCUAAAGGCAUGCCAUUCUCAAUCAUGCUGGAUAUUGAACCGAUGACCGACGGUAGUCCAAACCUGCGACGGCCGACCGUAAAGAAAAGACCCAUUCCGAACUACUCAAGCAUGACUUUUCCACCGUUCUUCAGCAACCAUAAUUUUGCCCAAGUUAAACACGCUAUGUUCAAUCAACCGCCUUCAUUGGAAGAUGAUUACUACCGCAGAUCAACAACCAGCCGUUAUCGACCAUCGACGACUGUUAAGGCCCAUCCGAGCACUGCCACCACACUGGGGGGUAAGCUGAUGGUGCAUCUAAAUUUAUAUCCCAAAAAACCUUCCCCGCUGGUAGAGUCUCGUAAAUUAGAACUGCAACAAAGCGACUACGAUAUCAAUCGGUUGAGUUUGUCUGAAGAAAAAUUUCUGCCUGAUCCCGAGCGAGAUAAGGUAAAGUCAACCGUAGAGCCUGUAAGGAAUUAUCUGGAGGUUUUGCCGGACAAUGAUACAACAACCAGCACAGCAACAACAACAACCAGCACCACCACCACAGUAAUUCCACCGGUAGUGAAGACUUCAACAGCAGCACAGUCAACGCGGAAUGUCGUGGAAACGGUGAAAUCCGUUGAAAUUCCUUCGAGAGUCCCUUUAGUGAAUUCGUUCCAACAACGGAUGUCGACCACCAAUUUGAUGGGAAAUCUUCAUCAGCUUGAUGGAUUUAAUCACGGUUCUACGGCAACCAAGCUGAGUGUGCCGAGUUUUCACGCAAACGAUGCUAAUUAG